CCAACCCUUACCCCCGACCCCACCCCCUACCCCCUGCCCCUACCUCGACCCACCUCUACCCCACCCCCACCCUUGACUCAACCAUACCUCACCCCCACCUUACCCCUACCCCUAGGGGGGUUGGUAUGGGUGGGAGUAGGGGUGGAGGGUACGGUCGUUGUAAGGGUAGGGGGUAGGGAAGGGGUGGGGGUCAAGGGUGUGGAAUUGGGGGUAGGGUGAGGGGUGAGGGUACAAGGCGGGGUAGGGGUUAGGGGUGUGGGUAAGCGACUAAGCGUAUGAGGUGACCCCAUAUAUUAUAUUAUAUACUUGUGUUAAUGAAUGUUUGUGUGUAUAUAUCUAUAGGGUUAUUUUAGUCAUUUUAAUGUUAAACGGUGUUUUAAAUCCUUUGAAGUAAACAUGAACUUACAACACUGUUUAGUUUAUGCGCCGCUUAUUAACGCGAGUCUUAAUAAGCACCGUUUACUAACCCGUGAAGUAAACGUGUCCUUGGUCAUAUAGUAAUGCGUUGUCUUUCAGCUUAUGCCAACAAAAAUCUGGAUGACCCGUCCAAAAAAGUUUGUUGGAGAAAUAUAAUAUUAACACACAUGCAAAAUUUAUAAUAAUAAAGUAGUAAUACAUAUGGAAACUUUCAUUUACCAAAAUUUGGUAAUUCGUACAAAGUCAUACUGUGUAAUAAAGUUAUGGUUAUUAUAAUAUUACACGUAUGGAACAAAUAAAGUAAUAGUACACAACAUGGUUUAAUACAAAUACGGUGUACCAUAUUAUUCCUACGUAAUUUUUGUAAUUCCUGCCAAUUAAUAAAAACGAAAGACACAUGGUUAUAAUUAUCCGUAACACAAAUGGAAGUUCCAUAACAUUUGUAUACCGUGUGCACAAAAUAUUUUGAACACUUGUUCCAUAACAUUUAUGUACGUUUUUACAUAAAUAGAACAUUUUGUUGGGAUCCCUACAUUAUUGGAGAGAUUCUAGAAAAUUCUAGAGCUUUCUAGAGAAGUAUAGAAUUUUCUAGAACGUUGCGGAGAAUCCUAGAGAAGUCUAGAACUCUCUAGAAGCUUGCGGAAUAAUGUGGAAUCCUCUGGAAUAUUCUAGAGAUGUGUGGAACCUUCCGGAAGCUUAUGGAAGAGUAUGGAAGCAUAUGGAAGAGAAUGGAGAGGUGUAGAGAUUCCUUGGAAUUCUCUAGAAUAGGUAGUCAUGUAGAUCAUUCUAGAGAAAUAUUCUACACCACUCAUUAUGGAGGUGGAGUAGUAUAAAUAGGAGUAGGAGCCUUCAUUCCUAACUAUCCCAAUCUUAAUCCUAGCAAUUCUAGCAAGAGAGAAUCCACUUCCUAGAGUGAGAAAGCUAGAGAGUUAGAGAGCCUCUUUGAGAGAGAAGAGAGUUAGCUUGGGAAGGUCAUAUCCUCAAGCUUGAGUGAGCCACCAUUGAGUGAGACAAUUUUGUAACAUUCUUGUAAAUCAUACUAUUCUUUUGUAUCGUGGAAGAAUCUCCAUAUUGGAGAAUUUAAAUCGUGUGCUCCCAUUACUACCUUAAUUCCUAAGUGCCUAUCUUAACUUCACGAAGCGGGAAAUUCCGGAGUUUUUUCCCAACAGUGGUAUGAGAGCCAGGUUCAUUUGAGGUUGUCAUCAGCUCGUGUAGUUCAAGAUGGAGGAUAGCGUCGCCCAUGAUGGAGACAUGUUCAAGCUAACUGCCAACAACUACUCAUAUUGGAAGCCAAUGAUGGAAGACCAUUUAUACUGCAAGGAUUUGCAUGAGCCCAUCAUCUACAAAGAGAAGGUGGAAGGCAAGAGUGACGCUCAAUGGGAGCUCACUACUAGAAAAAUGCCUUACAGUGACACUUUCGUAGUGACACUUUUGUGAUAGAAUACUACUUAUGACUUAGAAGUGUCACUAAUUUCUAACAAAAAAACAUCAGUGUCCAAUAGCGACACUUAAUGGGCCGGGUGCAUGGAUAUGUGCGUUAGUUUCAAUUUUUUACCUUAGCUGAUUUAACACUUUGUUUUUUCAUUACACUUAGCCAACCUAUUCGUCCUUCCCCAGUAGCCGCACAAACUAACCCUAGGUCCCCUGAUAAUCGACUUUCUUCUCAACCUGCCAAUUCUUCGUACUCGCGCCUCGCUACUGUCCUUCUCAACCUGCCGAUUCUUCGUCCAGAGCUAGAGAACAUACACCGUUGCCCCAGUUCGAUCGAUUUAGUCCAUGGCAGCCUUCAACAGUUCGAUCGAUUGAGUCCGUCGCAUUACUCCGCGCGUCACCAUACUCCGUCGCCGCACUACGCACGUUGCGUCUUCUCUCUCAGGUUGAUAUAUAUAUAUACUGAUUUUAUAUUGCAAAUAGGUAAUGAAUGUUGCGAUUUCUGUAUGUUAAUUAGCACCUUGGUUGUCCUUUGCUUGUGAAUAAAAAACUGUCUUUCUUAUUUAAUGCUGAGUUGUUGAGUUGCAAUUAGUAAUUUUAUUCACAUGAGUGUAGAUUUUAUUCACAAAAAACUGUCCUGAGCUGUCCUUGGCUGUCCUGAGCUGCAUCUUAAUAAGCAACUGAUUCAUAUACCUUGGUUGUCUUUCUUAUUGUGCAUCUUUCAUAUACUGAUAUGUUGAGUUGCUUGUGAAUAAAAAACUGUCAUUAAUAAAGGUAGAUUUUAUUGUGCAUCUUUGUUUAAGUUCAUGUUGAGUUGCAAUUAGUAAUUUUACAUGAACCAUUAUUGAAUCAUUACAUGCUAAAGUCAUUGUGAACAUGCAUGCUGAAUUUUGGAGGUUGUACCAUGAAAAUAUAUCCUAGGGAAAAUAUAGCAUCUGAAUGAGUGAAAAUAAAGCUAAUUAACUUUGUCCUCACUUUGUUCAAUUGAUUUAUUCACUUUUGGCAGCAGGUACUACCUUACCAUCUUAGAUUUAAUUUGCGUGAAAACUGUCUCAUAUCCUGCUGAAAAGAACUGAGUGAGGACAAAGUGAAUAAAUCAAAUUACAAAUAGGUAAGGUAGUAAUCAAAACUGUCUCAUAGCUAACUGUCUCAUGUCCUCACUUUGUUCAAUUGAUAUGAAACUGUCUCAUAUCCUGCCCAAUUGAUUUAUUCACUUUGUCCUCACUCAGUUCUUUUCAGCAGGAUAUGAGACAGUUUUCACGCAAAUUAAAUCUAAGAUGGUAAGGUAGUACCUGCUGCCAAAAUUUAAAAAAAAAAAAGUACUCCUAGAUAGUAUACGAAAGGUAAGAGAAAUAAAGCUGUAAGGGGUGAAAAGGAAGAAUGGAACAAGUAUAAAAGAAUGGAUUAUAAUAAAUUUGAUCUGACAUAAACAUUGCUUCAAACUUUAUGACGAUUUAAACAUUGUAUCAAACUGAGUAAAGGUUGAGAUCUAAUGUAUAAAGUUUCUAGCUUGAGCACUAUGUCUAAGUUUUAAAUUGAAGUGUAAAAAGUAAAAAGAGAGUAAAAGAUACUGCAUAGGAAUGUCUCCCAUUGAUGGAAAUUAUCAGUCAGUUGUAUGGACAAAAUGUAAUCAAAAUAUUUUAGUUUUUAGUUUCAAGUUGUUUUAACAUUACACUAUUACCCUAUUAGAAUAUAUUUUUGAGUUCAUUUAUAUCAAAUUGCAACUCUAAUUCAAUAAGGAAAUAUGGUUAAUGUAUAUUUUUUUUACAUAUCCCAAACUGAUUUGCUUUGUUUAUUUAUAGAUAUUGGUAUGACUUGGGAGAGGGAAAAACUGAUUUACUUUGUUUAUUCAAAUGUGUGCUUCAGUUUUUGAGGAUUUUAUAUAUAUUUAAUUUCUAUAACAUUAAACUGAAACGUAGAACUCCAAAUUACAAUAUUUAUAAGCUAAUUUUCAUGUUUUGUAGUUUAUGUAUACUAUUUUGAGUUUUUGUUUGUACUAUAAACUAGGUAUUAGUAUUCAAAUGGAUAAGUCUUGGAUAAAUGAUGCCAUAGUGUGAAAAAAUUACUUGAGGAUGCAUCAAAGACCUCCCUCCUAGACAACUUGAUCACUUGAUGUAAAUAUUACUCAAAUAAAACUAAUAAACUAUAAAAGAUAAAAAUUACUGCUAUUAGGGAGUUGGACUUAUGCAAGGUUGUCAAAAGACCAUUAAGAAGCCCACGUUUUUAACAAAGCCCAACUAAAUAAGGUCAAAACAACUUAAUAACCUACAAUAAACACAUAGCGUAAACAUCCUCCUACUCCGCUCCUGCUCUGCUCUGUUGUACCUGCUUGCUACAUCCUCCUUUCCCUCCACAUCAACCACAGCUUCCAGCCACAUCAACCGCAGCUUGCAGCAGCCCAGCACUCACCGAUCAAAUCUGAAAUGGAAGGUGGAACUGCAGCCACGGCUUCUGAAGCUGCUAAGUCAACAAGAAAUGACCCAGCCAUGCUUAACAUGACUUCUCACGGCAGUCACGGGUAGAUCUUCAAUUUUUUGAGAUUUUCCAGAUUUUAACUUCUAAAAACAAACCUUAUCAUGAUAGGUUCUAAAACAAAAAAUAUAUCUAAUUCUGAUCCCAGAUUUGAUUGAAGUAAAAAUAUUAUUUCUGAAAAAUAUUUUUACAUACGAAAAUAUCGAUCAAAAUUUGUAUAAUGUCAUUAAAAUCAGUUUGGCUCUCAUACCACUGUUAGUUAUCUUUUAUCAUUAUAUUCGUUUAUAAAUUAGAUUUAUAUUGUGUGCUUUAAUUUUAUCUGUCUGAGUUAGAUCUCGUUAGUAUAUCAUUUGAUAAUAUGUUUUAGCAUCUUGAUUAAGUAAUUUAAUACCCCGUUAAAUGUUCCCAUAAAUUAAAAUUUAAGUCUUAUCUGGGAUAACGACAUCACCCAUCAUAAUUAAAUUAGUAGAAAUAUUUUUUCGUUGAAGAAUAUUUCACCCAAGUGUUUAUUCCAUUCGACAAAAUAUAGAACUAAUUUAUAGGUACAAUUGGUUAUGAUCGUGUGAUGGUUUUGACUUACUUAAAUUAGCUCGAGUCGCCCAAGCGUCAGUGUUAAUUUAGGGAUGUCGAUCAAUUUAAAAAUUGAUCAACCAAGAGUUGUUUGGACACAAUUGGUCUAGGGACCUACCCAUUAUAUUAUUACAGUGAUCAGCCCAAGCUGGGACUGUAAUAGUAUGAAUGUGGAUCUUGGCCACUAUGAUUGUAAAACAUUCCAUGUUCUUUUUAUUGGGGUCAAAGAGCAUGAAAAUAGUGAGAGCUAAAUAAUUAAAAGCCUGAAUUAUUUAGUUAACUAAAUGUGAUCAUAAGAAUUAUUAUAUGAUUUUAAUUCCCGUUCUAUUUGAAGUUCUCUAGGCUUUUAAGAAUGUCGAAUUUAUCAAUGAGAAGUAUCUUGGAUACAAAUAAUCUGACUCGAUCAGACUUUCUAGACUUCGAACAAAAUGUGCGUUUAGUGUUUAGGCAAGAAAAUAUUGAGAUGUGUUUGACACAUGUCUACCCGAGGUUCCUAAUGUGAACUCUUCUGAAUUAGUUAUAUUUGACAUAGACAUUCAGAAGAAUAACAUUGCUAAGGUAAGCUCUACUGCUGAAUCUUUUCCUACGGGAAAGAACAAGCAGAAGAAGAGAACUAAGGUUAGACCUAAGCCUCUAGCUUUGAAACCUAAAGGUGGGAUUCAAAAGAAACCUAAGGUACUAAAGGAUGUAUGCCUCUACAACAAAGAUAAGGCAUUGGAAGAGAGGUUUUAAGCUAUGUAGGGCUAAUCUAGCCAAAGCAUCGAGUGCUUUUAGCUUAGGUAUUUUUAUCAUUAGUAUUAAUAUGUCUACAACUAACUCUCACUGUUGGGUAUUAGAUACAACGUGUGGCUCACACACUGGAAUAAUGUGUAAAGUCUAAGUGACAGUAAGCAGUUAGACUGAGUGAAAUUGGCCUACAAGUAGAAAAUGGAGCAAUAGUUGCUGCUAGGCAUGUUGGCAUUUAUAAAUUAGAUUUACCCAGUGGUUAUAGUUUAGAACUAAAUAAUUGUUAUUUUGUUGCUUCUAUAACAAAGAAUAUAAUUUUCAUUCAUAUGUUAGACAUUAAGGGGUUUCCUUACAUUUUGGUGAUAACACUUGUUAUUUUUGACAAAGUGACAUUGUGUAUGGAAAUGCCCCUCUUAUGAAUGGUUGAUAUAUUCUUACUUGUAGGCAUGACAUAUUAAAUGUACAAAAUAAGAGACCAAGGUUAAGUAAUUAGAAAAAUACCACCCAUCUUUGGUAUUGCGAUUUGGCCAUAUUAGUGAAACAAGAAUAACAAGGUUAAGUAAAUUAGAUUACUUAACACCAUAUGAUUUUGAAUCAUAUGGUAAUUGUGAUUCCUGUCUUUUAGCUAAAAUGACCAAUAUACCUUUUCUUGGAAAAGGAUUGCGGGCCAAAGAAGUGUUUGAAUUGAUUCACACAGAUGUGUGUGGACUGUUUGCAACUCAAGCUAGAGGAGUAUUUUCUUACUUCAUCAUUUUACUGAUGAUUUCUCUAGGUUUGGUUUUUGUGUAUCUUAUGAAACACAAAUCAGAAACUUUUGAGAAAUUCAUGGAGUAUAAGGUUGAAGUAGAGAAACAACUUGACAAGAGUAUCAAGACUCUACGAUCUGAUUGUGGAGUGGAAUACUUGAGUAAGGAGUUUUUUGAUUACUUGAAAGGUCAAGGAAUUCAGUCACAAUGGACUCCUCCAGGAACACCUCAGUUGAGUGAGGUUUUUGAAAGGAGAAAUAGAACCUUGUUGGACAUGGUUAGGUCCAUGAUGAAUUCCACAUCUCUUCCAACAUCUCUUUGGGGAUACGCAUUGGAAACCUCAAUAUACGUUCUGAAUAGAGUUCCAUCUAAGUUAGUGCAAAAGACACUAUACGAGUUAUGGUGUAAUAAGAAGUCUAUUCUUACACAUAUUAAAGAGUGAGGUUGCCUUACAUAUGUGAAGAAAAUGGACAUUGACUAGUUGAGACCUAGAAGUGAGAAAUAUUAUUUUGUGGGGUAUCCUAAGGAAACUAGGGAUACUAAUUUAUCUUCCCGGGGGAUAUAAAAUCAUUAUUUCCAGACAAGCGAGAUUCCUAGUACAAGACUUGGUCUUUAAGGAAUGUAAUUGUGGGAGGAUAGAACUUGAUGAAGUUCAAGAAUCACAAAAUAAUAUAAAGGACGAAGACUUGUUAGAUAGUCAAAACAAGGAUUCAGUAGGAGAAUUGAGUGGAAGCAUGUCUCUAGGAAGAUGUCUUUCAGUUAGUGGGAGUAACAUAGGAAUCACCUCGCACCAGCACGUGAUUCUUAUGAAAGAAACAAAUGACACGGUUGUCAUUCUUUCUGCACCCACUUCUCCUUCUCUUGAAACAAUUAAAAGUGUAGCACCAGAAAACUCUCCGAACAUUGGAUAGUCCAAUGAAGGAGAAUCUCUUCACAAUCAGAAUGAAUAGCCUGAAGAAACACAAAAUAUUCAACUUUGUAGGUCUACUAGGAUUCAUCAUGAAUCAACUAGGUUUGGCUUCCACAUGGAGAAUCAUGAUGAUGUAAAAAUUCAUGACAAGGAUGAACCUAAGACCUAAACCUAAACCAAUAUUAGAUGUUGAUUUAGAGAGGUGGUGAGAAGCCAUAAAAUCUAAAAUGUACUUGAUGUAUAUCAAUCAAGUAUGGAACUUGGUUGACUUGCCUGUUCGGUUAGACCCAUUGGAUGCAAAAUGAUUUUCAAGGAGAAAAUUAAUGCUGAAGGCAAGGUGAAAACAUACAAAGCUAGGCUAGUGGCUAAAUGUUAUAGUCAAAGAAAAGGAAUUGACUAUAGUGAUACCUAUUCGCCAGUUGCAAAACUCAAGUCCAUUUGGAUUUUGCUUGUUAUAGCUGCUCAAUAUGAUUAUGAUAUUUGACAAAUGGAUGUCAAAACCCCUUUCCUUAAUGGAAAUCUCAAGGAGGAGGUGUACAUGGUAAAACCUGAAGGUUUUCUAUCCAUAUCAAAUUCUAAUUCAAUAUGUUAAUUAGAGAUAUCUAUUUAUGGGCUGGAACAAGCAUCUAGGAGUUGAAAUAAUAAUUUUGAUGAAAAAGUCAAACCGUUUGACCUCAUCAAAUGAAAUGAGGGUGCUUGCGUGUUUAGAGUGCGCAAAAAGGAUAGUGUGGUCUUUAUAAUCAUAUAUGUUGAUCAUAGAGAAUGAUAUCCCCUCAUUGAAGUCCGUGAAAGAAUGGUCACCCAAAAUAUUCAUGAAUAUCUUUUGUCUAUAGUAGACAGAAAGAACUAGUAGAAUUUAACUAUUCUAGCACUAGUUUCAUGUAUGAUAAGAAAGACUACGAGUCAUAGUCAGUAUAUGUAUUUAGUCUCAAUGUAAUAGUAAUGCUAGUAAAUUCGACAACUAGAGCCUAGUAAAUUGUUGCAUUUGAUGCAACAUAGGUAAGCGUUUAGAUACGUUAGUUCCUUAAAGAACUAGGGGUAGUUCCUAGCGACAGUUAUCCAAUAAUUGUUAUUGUGACUGUACCGGUGCAUUUGCACAAGGUAAGGAACCAAGAUGCAAAGUAAGGAACUAGAAAAUACCAGUAUGCUAUCAUGUUUUGAUACAAAUAGCAAGAUGAGAAGUUGCAAUAGAACACAUUCCCGUAGAGGACAAUUUGGCUCGCUCAUUCACCAAACCUUUGAGAUGUUAGAAACACACUAGACUUUUGAGAGUCUAGGUGUUAGACGCAUCAGUGAUUGGCACUAGGCCAAGUGGGAGAUUGUUAGUAUAUAUGUCCUAGCGACAAUCAUUUUUUAGAGAUAUAUGUACUUGAUCACAUUCAGUUUUAUAUAUUUGAUAUAAACGGUAUUACACAUUGAUGAUUAAGUAUUUCGAUUGCCAAUAUCUUAUUCAUAAUUGUGUUCCCAUGGAUUUAUGUUGUCACUAAGUAAGUGAGAGCUUAUAUGAUAUAACAUAAAGUCCUAAAAUAGCCUCAAUCAAUGAUCAUCAAGAAAGGGAUAUUGAUGAUAUGCGAUAAGAUUGGUAUGUGGACUGCAUCAUACUUUUAGAAAGUAUAGUUGAUCUCACAACUAUGAAUUCCUGUAAUUCAUGAUGAUCACAUAGAUAUUUUAGAGAAUAUUGGCAUACCCACCGAGAAACCAUUUGAUAAGUUCUAUUCAUGUGUCUAUGGGAUUAUCGGCGUAUAGAGUAGUGUAAUAGUCCUCCGACUUGAGGUCAAUACGUACUACAUGUGCGGAGUGAUGUACUUUGACCAUGACCAACGCUUGCACACCAAUCGGGGUAGAUACGACAUGUGUUGGGUGCAUCACGAAGCACAUGGAGUAGUAGUUGAGGCAAGAAAGGAUUCAUUCCUCAUAAUAGAUUAGGAGAGAACAUUCUACUUCUCAUAUCUAGAUGAAUCAUAAAGUCAUUGGCCAAUGCAAAUAUAUAUUCGUUUUGGAUAUCGAAUAUGAUCGUUAAAGAUCAUCUAGAAAGAUUGAGAGACAGAGACUGAGUUAUUGGAAUAGACACAAUAUCAUGUUCUAGACUUAGUCGAAUGUUCGCUGAAUGAAAGGACCGUAUCACUAUGAACUCUAUAUUACAGGGAGUUUGAAUAGUCCUCGCAAACGUCCUUAUAUGUUAAGUUUGUCUGGUAAAUCGUCUAGGGAUUCUACUAAGACCUUAAUUUGAUUAGUGCUUAAUAUACAAGGCCCUAUGGGUCACACAACAAGUGAUUACACCUUCCGAUUGAAUUGUUAGAAGGAAUUAAAUAUUAUUAAUUGGAUUAAAUAAUAUUUAAUUCGUAAUACUGAAAAUGGAUUAAAUAUUAAUUAGAUUAGACGUAUUUAAUUCAUAAAGGUGAAGGAGAGUUCUAUUUGAUAGAAUUAAUUAAGUAAGAUAAAUUAGAUUUAUCAUACUUAAAUAAGAUGUAUUUAUUAUUAAAUAAAGUAGAUAUUUUCUUUUGUAAUUUGGAAUUAAAAAGAAAAAGUAAAUAAAAUAAAUAAUAAUAUAUAAUAAUUAGAAAGUGGCGUGCAGCCACAUCUCAAUUAUUAUUAUUAUUUUGUUUUGUUUUAUCUAAUUAUUUAAUUAAUUAGGAGUAUUGGUCCUAGCAGGACUAGAACUCAUUAAUGAGAAAGACUUUCAUUGUGAUUAGGAAACUAGUUUAGAACUAGUAUAAAUACAUACUCCUCCUUCAUAAUUCAUUGUAGAAUUUUAGAUUCAGUAUUACCAGUUUAUUUCCCUGCGAAGAGAUUUCCUAGCCUUUCUCUAAAGGGAGAUCUAAUCGUUCUUUCGGAGAGGAGAAAUCACGUGGAUACCUAAGGUCAAGGAUUAUCACCGCUAGGCUGGAAGAUCUGUAAGUUCUAACUCAAAUCUGUUAUUAUUAUCAUAUUCGUUGUUUUGUCAUAAUCAGGAAAGAUCUGUUUGGGAAAAUUUUAAACUUCCGCUGCCGUACUUUCGAGGGCCUCCAAAGUUCUAAAGGCGGACCUGUUUUUAUCAUUUUCUUAGGGGUGACGAUUAAUCAUGCCCAAAAAUCCAAGAAAAGGUUGAAUUUAAAAUGGGUGAGAGUGAUGUGCCCUAAGCAAACAGGAGGAGUUGAGUGUGGUUACUUUGUGAUGAAGUACAUGAAGGAUAUUGUAUCUGACGUGAAUCGUUUGAAACAGAAUUUCUCUACCGUCAAGGAGUAUACCGAAGAUGAUAUUUUACAAGUGCGUGAGGAGUGGGCUUUGUAUGCUGCUACUUUGAUAAAAAAUGUGCAAGCGGAUCCUACAAAGGCUUGAUGAUAUGCACGGGGAGAUGCAUUUCUGAUUAUUGUUGAUGGUGGUUAGAAUGGUCGGUGUUAUGUUAUGUUUGUAGAAUGUAGAGGCAGGUCAAACUUUUGAUAACUAAACAUUGGUACCGGUUGGGAAUGUGACUUGUUUGUAUUUUAGCAUCUUCAAUGAUGCUUGGUAGUAGUUUUUUUGCUGAAUUUCAAUAGCCGGUUUUUUUGCGGGAAUAUUGCAUGCUGGAAUUUUUCUAUAUCUUUUAUCCGGCGGUAGGAAAUGUAAUUGAACAAGAAUGUGAAAUUGUUACUGAAUAUUAUAUGUUAAAUGAUGUAUUUUGGGUAUCCAUUAA